AUGACUACUUUUUUCAACAACAAUACCUUUUUAGGUUUGAGCAACAACUCUAACCACUAUGAACAUAUCCAAAAAACCAAUUUUGAUGAUUUUGAUGAUUCAUCUUCAUGUACAUUGACAAUCAACACUGUUGAAGACUUUAGCCAGGUUUUCAGUAUUAAUCCUGAAUACAUUAACCACAUUGUUUGUCAUGAGAACUCAAGAAAAUACAAGGCAAAUGCCACAGUUGUUCUUACUGUUGACAUUACUCAGCCAAUUUCUUUUAAAGUGGGUUAUAAUAAUAAUUGUUAUGAAACCUAUAAAAGUUCUGCAUUAGGUGCAUUACAAAUAAUUGAAGAUGUAUCAAUUGAGCAACCAAAAUUUAACGGCGUGGACUCAUCAUUCUCAACAAACAACGAUAAAGACAAUGCUGCUAUGAAUAUGAAUAAAUUAGAGCUCGAAGAAGAAGAGGACGACUUUGAGGAAGUCGAGGAAGUAAAAGUUGCUGAUGAAAUGGACAAUUCUACAACAAACCCACUCAUGAUUGACGCUAAUAAAGAUGUUCACCAGUGUAACCAGAUAAAAAAGGUUAAAGUUAACAGCUUUAAAGAAACUAAUAUUGCUACAGCAAACAGCUUUGAGAAGAGUCUCAAUAAACAACACAAUUACAAUAAAUCAUCUCAAUUUGAAACAAACGACAAUUCAACUACUACAACUCCUCCUACUGCUACAACUCCUCCUACUGCUACAACUCCUCCUACUACUACAACUCCUCCUACUGCUACAACUCCUCCUACUGCUACAACUCCUCCUCCUACUACUACAACUCCUCCUACUACUACAACUCCUCCUACUACUACAACUCCUCCUACUACUACAACUCCUCCUACUACUACAACUCCUCCUACUGCUACAACUCCUCCUACUACUACUGCCACUACUGCUACUCCUACCACCACCACCACCACCACUACACUUGCUAAUAAUAAUGAUAAUGGUCCUAUUGCAGCAACAGUUGCAGUAGCUGUAAAUACCGAGCACAAUGAAUCAAUCCAUAGAAGAACUAGCCCCAAAUUCACCUCUAUUUUUGACAGUGACUAUAUUACUACAUCACCAACUUUAAAAUCAAGUGAACAAAGAGGGAAAAAAUCCACCAGCAAUUCGCCCAAAAAUAGAGUACAAUUUGUCGAUUUGAUUGAUACACAACUGAGUAAAGUGGAUUCAAAUACCCAAUUCGAGUAUGAACAAGACAAAAUAUUUGCUGAUAAUAAGCACCAUCCUCAGCCGGAACAUAGCCACAAGCACCACUAUAAUCUGUUCCAAGUUGCAAAAACUAAAGUCAAAGUUAGAGCGUUUUUGCGUAACAUAAAAAGCAAAUGUCGUACAUUUAUCCAUGAUACCGUUCAGUCACGUGCAGACACCGAUAAGCAGCUUUUAUUCGAUACCAAAGGUAUGAAUAAAGAGAUGCAGCACAAAUUGUUGAACCCGGGUCCUUCCUACUUGAACUAUGAACCCGAAAUUGCUGGUGCACAAGAUUUUAUUGAGCAGCAAGUUUCAUUAAAUUUUGCCAAUAAGGUAAGUUCAGAUCUUUGUGGUGCAACUUUGCGUGAAACAAACCCAAAGCAUCAGCAUAUCUCCAAUUAUGAUAAAAGGAAUACGCUUUUGGGCUUUGGCUAUGGCGAUGAGUCGUUUGGUUUUGAUAGUUUGACCAAGGCCAAUACCCAUUUGAACCAAUGUGUAUAA